AUGGAAGGUUAUCAACCUAUAAAGUUUGACUUCCCUUACGAAGAUAUUAUGGUGAUAAAGGAUUGUGAGACCCUGGGUCCCAAUGAAGGACCCGAACCAGGAUCACAAUGGAUGCUUGUGUUUGAUGGUGCCUUAAACGCAGUAGGACGUGAAAUCAUAGCUCUCAUAACCUUUCCUACAAGUUUCCAUAUUCCCUUCACAAUUAUGUUAUGCUUCACAUGCACUAGUAAUAUGGCCAAAUACAAAGCGUGUAUCCUGGGAAUUAAUGAAGUCAUCGACCUAAGAGUCAAAAUCUUAGAAGUAUAUGAAGACUAUGUCCGAAAAUUGAUCACAUACUUCGAUGAGAUCACUUUCCACUAUAUUCCUCGGGAAGAGAAUCAACUAGCAGACGCCUUGACCACUUUAGCAUCCAUGUUCAAAGUUAAGUGGCACAAUGAAGCACCAUCUUUAACAAUUCAGCUCAUGGACGGGCCAUCAUAUUGUGUAGCAGUUGAAACGAUAACACAUAAUGAACCUUGGUUUUAUGACAUUAAACAAUUCCUUCAUAAACAAGAGUACCCUAUAAAUGCUUCUAGUGGAGAUAAAAAAUUACUCUGA